AUGUUCGGCCGAUUGCGCAGCGAGAAGGGCCGCGGGCGCGUGGCAAACGGGGCCGCCUCGCCGACUGGCAGCGCGGCCGCCGUGGCAGCCGUGGCAGCGGUGGCAGCGUCGCCGCGCCGCCGCGGCCGCCCACGCCUCGACGAGCUCGACCAUUUCACCUCGUUCAACACGAGGGCGCACCAGAGCAACUACAACGUGGCCGUACAGAUUUUUCAGUACCUCGGUAUGAGGGACUUGGCGCAUUGCUCGAGAGUUUGCAAAUUAUGGCAACAGCUCGCCUCCACGCCAGCGCUAUGGCGACAUGUGCGGAUGAAAAAUUCACAUGUUAGUGAUUGGGGAGGGCUGUGUGCUGCAUUGAAGAAACAUGGCACAAAAUGGUUGGACCUCCGCAAAAUGCUUCUACCACAAAACGACACAAUCUUUUGGGACCAAUUUUCUGAGCAUAUCGGCACUGUGGACACAUUAGAGAGGCUGGAGCUGUGCCGCUGCCCAGCGCGCGCGGUUGAGGCGGCGAUGUCGCGAGUUCCCUCCCUCCGCGCGCUCGCCGCGCCGGCCAUCCGCGACGCGAAGCUGGACCCCUCGCCGCUGGCCGCGCUGCCGCGCCUGGAGCUGCUGCGCCUCAAGUCGCUCGCCGGCCUGGCGCUCACCUCCGACCUACGCCCGCUCGCCGCGCUCACACGCCUGCAGCACCUCUCGCUCACCUCCAUCAAGGAGCUGGGUUGGUGCGCGUGUGAGGUGGUGGGGCAGCUGGAGCAGCUCGAGUCGCUCGAGCUGGGCGAGUGCUCGUUCGGGGCGGCGUUCGCGGGCGCCCUGGCGCGGCUCUCGCGGCUGCGGCGGCUGCGCCUCGAGAGGGGCGUGGCGCACUGCGCGGCGCCGGCGCUGCUGCGCGCUCUGGCGACGUUGCCGCGCCUCACCAGGCUCGAGCUGGUCAACUUCGACGUGAAGGUUGGUUUCGACGAUGCGUUGGCGGAGUGUAAAAAUAUCCAGAGACUUCUCAUCAUACCUACCUACGUGUCACAAUCGGCCACGACGAAUAAGCAGGUGCUGAGCGGGGUGCUCCGGCUGAAAGACACCCUCACUCACCUGAUGUGGGGCGUCACCAUCGAGCUGCUGCGCGUCACCGAGCUGUUCAUCGACCAGUGCGACCAGGGUGGCGACAAGCGGCGCGACGUCGGCGAGUGCAUCCCCGUGCUGAAGCCGGUGCCAGGCUGCCGGCUCCCGGAUGAGAGGCACCUGGUAGCCGGGCCACCUCAGGUCGAGAUCCUGCCGCUGCCGACCCUACAGCGGUUGUUGUCCGCGCAGAUGCCAAACACAAAGCUGAAGAUCCUUCGCAUCCCGUUCCACGCCACCUGGCGACAGUCGCUAGCCGACUUCCAG